UAUUUGAAAAAAAUAGCCAGGCGCGGGGGUUAACUCCUAGUGCAAUAUGAAAUCAAUCUUUGUCGCUUUUUGGCGGAAAAGAAAAACGCAGAGAAAUAGAAAGAGAAAGAAGAUGGCGAGCUUGGCUUCGGGUCCCGACGGAAGGAAACGGCGCGUGAGCUACUACUACGAGCCAUACAUCGGCGACGGUAUGGAAUCCCAACAGAUCCGUACGACUCACAAGCUCAUCCGCAGCUAUUACCUCCCUCGCUACAUGGAUAUCAUCCGCCCUCGCGCUGCCCACCAUUCAGAUUUCACUAAAUUCCACUCGCCGGAGUACAUAUCAUUCCUCCGCUCAGUCACGCCGGAGUCGGCUAGGUUGAAAACCGCGACGGAUCCUUCCUUCAAGCGCUUCAACUUAGACGCGUGGGACUCCCCUGUCUUCAGUGGCCUCUUCCCAUAUUGCCGUCUCUACGCCGGUGGUUCUAUUUCCGCCGCCGAGAAACUGAACCGACACGAAGCUGAUAUCGCCAUCAAUUGGUCCGGCGGGAUGCACCGUGCCAAGAUAGAUAAGGCUUGUGGCUUUGGCUACGUCAACGACGUUGUUCUUGGGAUCCUCGAGUUGCUUAAGGUCUUCAAGCGAGUACUCUACAUAGAUAUUGGCUACUACCAUGGGGAAGCAGUACAAGAAGCAUUCCACAAAACUGAUAGAGUUAUGACUGUUUCUUUCCACAAGUCUGGGGUCGACCAAAGAAGAGGAGACAUAACAGACUACGGGGUAGGAAAGGGAGAAUACUAUUCUCUAAAUGCACCACUGAAGAAUGGUCUGGACGAUGCAAGUUUCGCCACUUUAUUUGUACCUAUCAUCCAAAAGGCUAUGGAGGUUUAUCAACCAGAAGCAAUUGUUCUUCUGUGCGGCCCUGAUUCAUUAUCUGGUGAUGCGUUGGGUAAAUUCAACUUGUCUGUCAAGGGUCAUGGUGCUUGUCUCGGGUACAUAAGAUCAUUUAAUGUUCCUCUCCUGCUCUUGGGUGGUCAAGGUCACACUCUUGGAAAUGUUGCACGUUGCUGGUGCUAUGAGACAGGUGUUGCGGUUGGAAAAGAACUCAACGACGAUUGCCCUAUGAUUGCGGACGACGAUUGUUUUGCCCCAAGUUAUAAACUUCAUAUCGAGCCAAACCCCAUGGAGAAUUUAAACACAGACGGAGAUAUUGCAAAAAUAAAGAAGACACUACUAAAGCAACUUUCGCAAGUGAUACACGCACCUAGUGUGCAGUUUCAAGACACUCCACCAAUCAGUCAAGUUACAGAAGCGGAGGAAGAGGACAUGGAGACGAGAUAAAAUCAACGUAUAUUGACUGCUAGUGCUAGUUACGAAUCAGACUCUGACAAGGACAAGUUUUUUCUCGGUUAAGGCCUUCAUACUUCACCUCCUUGUGAAUAGUUUUACCAACAUGUACAUAUAGAACAAUAGGGUGUAUAAACAUAGCACCAUUGUUAGUACAUAUAUCAACAUUGUAAAUAAGCGUGGUUACAAUAUUAGUGAUAUUAAAUGAAGUUCAAACAACAGAUUGUUGUCUGCUGUGCUGUCUCUAGAACACCAUCAAAUAUCAGCUUUAGUUUAUUCCUUGUUAUUUCUGGUGAAAGCUGUACCUUCAUUUCUUGGCCUGUAACAUGUUAGGAUCAGUAUAUGAGUUACUAGGAUCGGUCCGCCCUACGGGCGGGAUAUACUUUACUUGUGAUCUAUGUUAUUAUUUUUUGUAUGAUUUUGUGGU